UGUCCCUCCAACAGCUUGAAAUCAAACCAUCACAAAUCACAUUAUCAUCCAAGACGAUGCUUUCCAAGUCGUCUUCUCAUUCGGUUCAGCCAUUUAAGUAUGUCGAUAUAUGUCAAUCGCAGUCGAGCGCGAGUCUUUGCGAUCUUACUGUCGGAAGACUUCGCGUCGAUUGUUGCUUUCUAAUGUCCAAGAUGCGUUGGGGGCAGCUCCGCGAUCAGGAUUCAGGCCUGAUGUACCUGGAUCUAACGUUCCACCAACCUGCCGACUGCAAGCUAGCGCAAGCAACCAUCACUUUGAGCUUUCAGGGCCUUCAGAAUUCACCGAGAACAGUGACUCCCACCGGGCUCGAAGUAACCGAGUUCUUCGGACCACAGACUCUGAGUGGUGAGAAACGGGAGCGACAAGUAUCCAACGCCUUCGAGGCCAAUCCCAAAUUCGGAGCAGCCAGUACCAGCGUCGAGGGAAUUGGCAUUUCAAGAAGAUCCGAAGUCAGUUAUGCCUCGCGAUGGAAAUUUACAGGCACGCGGUUCGCAGCUGACACCUCCUCCGACUCAUUCACUCGAAACAGUCGGUAUCGACAGCUAGUUUGGCAUCUAGAAGAAAACGAACUAGAGCGACAGGCUGUGCAUCACUCCAUUGUACAUACUGCGCUUGCCUUUCACCACAACUCCACCCCGUUCUACCUGGACGUGCAGGUCGAGGUUAAAAUGCGGAGAUGGCGCCACCGGCUCCAGCAACGCCUGAUCUGUCCUCCUCGAGGUCAGAAGGCCAUAACGAGAGCCAAGAUCGAACCAGCCCCCGACAAAUCAGCAGAUCCACAAUUUCCCCAGCUGGCCAGGAAUCUAAAUCAGGCCCUGAUUGAAGAGAACCUGCACCCUGUGGUUGAGGUAUCCGACCCCAAGCCAGCAGCGGCCUUGGCCGACAACUUUCAGGAUCAAGAUCCUGACACAGAAGCCGACUCCCAAUAUCUUCCCAAUGAAACAUUACUUGCGCUUGCCCGGCAGCUGACUGGGCAAGAACCGCCCAGUGUAUCUACCAAAAGCAGUCUUGGAUUGCCUACGCAGACAGCAGAGAGUUCCAGCCCCACGCUGGUAGGGUCCGCCGCAUCGUCAAACGAAAUGGAUGAUCAGACAGCGACAAAAUCCGCUGUACCUGACGCUGGUGAUUCUUUGUUCUCUGUCCCUACUGCGGAAGUUGCGAAGGCCAACGCGAUCCACGACAAUGGAUUGUACAUCUUUCUUUCGGUCACACGUCAGAUAUUGCAACUAUUAGAAGCUACGAUAGCAUUGUUGAUCCUGGGUUUGGGCAGACUACAUUCGGUUCUUGCUCAGGCAAAGAAGUGAACUCCAGAGAUUCGACCCCGAGAAGGACAGUUUUAAUUUCUUUAACAUUUACUGUGAGAUUUAUACUAGUUCCUCAUACGUCUGCCCAGCCCCGUAAAGGACGACUGUCCCAGACAAGGUACUCAAUAUGAUCGCAUGACCAGACGCCCACGACAAGAU